AUGGGGACGCUCAGCUGCGACCCUGCGGCCCGACUGGCCACUGUGCCCCUGGCCCACCAGGUGGCUGAAGGCAACAUCCCAGAGACCGGGCUUCGGAAGUCCUGUGGAGUGACCACCCUGCAGAAUGGCUCCAGGCCUGGCUUAUAUGUUCUUCCAUCCACUGUUGGCUACACCAACCAUGACUGCACCAAGACAACCAGCCCUGCCUACUCACUCGCCCGGAGGCCCAGUGAAGCACCCCUUCAGGAUGCCAGCCCAGGACCUGUCUACUUCUUGGACCCAAAAGUCACCCGCUUUGGCCGCAUCUGUCCCCCUGCCUAUUCCAUGCAGGGCAGGGGCAAGAUUCGGGGUCGAGAGGUGACACCAGGUCCUGGGGCAUACAGCCCUGAGAAGGCACCCCCUGUGCGCCAGCGGAACCCCCCAGCUUUCAGCCUGGGCUCUCGCCUUCAGCCAAAGUCUGUGGACACCUCUGUUCCUGCCCCCAAUGCCUAUACCAUGCCACCCCUCUGGGGCUCACAGAUCUUUAUCAAACCUAGCAGCCCCAGCUAUACCGUGGUGGGCCGCACACCUCCAGCAUCUCCCCAACAGGAUCGGGCAGAGACACCAGGCCCAGGUCAGUAUGAGAGCCCAGAUCCCAACACCUACAUGCAACGUCAGCCUGCCUUCAGCAUACUGGGUCGACCCCGAAUCCCGAGGCCCCUGGAGGAGACACCUGGUCCUGGUACCCACAACCCGGAGCAGGUCACUGUAAACCGUGCCAGGGCCCCAGCAUACACCAUGGGCAUCCGCCACUCAAAGCAGGCAACCACCAUGGCAGGGGACACCAAACGCUGA